AUGGGCAUCACCAACAGCAGUGCCAAGGAGGACUUCAUCCUGGUGGGCUUCUCUGACCAGCCCCACCUGGAAAAGAUACUCUUCGUUGUAGUUUUGGUGUCCUAUCUGUUGACCCUGGUGGGAAAUACCUUCAUUAUUUUGGUCUCCUCCAUUGACCCUAAACUCAAAACACCUAUGUACUUCUUCCUAAGUCACCUCUCCCUAGUAGAUAUCUGCUUUACCACCAGUGUUGUCCCCCAGCUGCUGUGGAACCUCAGGGGACCAGCCAAGACCAUCACACUCCUGGGCUGUGUGGUCCAGCUCUAUGUUGCUCUGGCAAUGGGCUCUGCUGAGUGUGUUCUGCUGGUGGUCAUGGCAUUUGACCGCUAUGCUGCUGUGUGCAAACCUCUGCACUAUGCCACCGUGAUGAACCCCAGGGUGUGCAGGGUUCUGACAGGGAUUGUGUGGCUGUGUGGAAUAGGAAAUUGUCUCAUCCAAUCUACUGUCACCCUCCAGCUGCCUCGCUGUGGACAACGGCGCAUUUAUAAUUUCUUCUGUGAGGUUCCCUCAAUGAUUAAGCUUGCUUGUGUGGACAUCCAUGCCAAUGAAGUCCAAGUGUUCGUUGCUUCAUGUUUGCUCAUCUUGCCCUUGUUAUUGAUACUGAUGUCUUAUGGAUUAAUAGUCAGGGCAGUUGUAAGGAUCAAGUCAGCCCAGGCUUGGCACAAAGUUCUGGGGACAUGUGGAUCCCACUUGUCGGUAGUGUUUAUCUUCUAUGGCACUGCUCUAGUGAUCUAUGGCCAGCCCAACAGCUCUUUUGCCCAUACUCAUGGGAAAUUUAUCUCCCUGUUUUAUACAGUAGUGACCCCAACCCUCAAUCCCCUCAUCUACACGCUGAGGAAUAAAGAUGUGAAGGGAGCGCUGGGGAGACUAUUUCACAGAGACAAGGGCUCAUAA